GUACCAACUAUUUUUCUACCCGUACCAACUAUUUUUCUUGAAUCCCAAUCUUCUUUCCAACUCUUCCUCAUUUCCAAUCAUCGAAAAUUCAUCUCAACCUCCCGAACCUCCAACCAGAACCAUCUCCUACCAUCCUCCUCAACCUCGAAAACCAAAACUCCAACAAUGUCCUUCACCCUCACCGCCGCCCCCGACACAGACAUCUGGCGCAAACCCCCCGCCCACAUCGCCUUCAACGCGCCCACCCACCCCACCACUCCCCCCACCCACGCCCUCUCAACCUUCAAAUCCGCGCGCCUAACCUUCUCCCUCCCCCCCGCCUCAACACUUACCCAAUACGACCAAGCCGGGCUGCUGCUCUCCCUAACCCGCACAGGCAGCACCGCCUCCGGCCCGCCCGAAAAAUGGCUCAAAACCGGCGUCGAGUUCUACAACGGCUCGCCCUACGUGAGCACCGUGGGCUGCGACCAGUGGGCCGAUUGGAGCGUGGUGCCGCUGUCUGUAGUGCAAGAGGCUGGGGAGGGGAAGGUGGAGGCGACGGUGGAGGUGGCGCGGGAGGAUAUGGGGCUGUGGGUGUAUGUGGUGGAGGGGAGCAAGAGGGUGCCGUUACGGGAGGUUGCGUGGUUUUUCGCGGGGGAGGAGGAGUGGGAGAUUAGUGUGGCGGCGUAUGCGGCGAGGCCGGGGAAGGAGCAGCAAGGGGGGUUGGAGGCGGGGUUUAAGGGGUUGGAAGUAGUGGCUGGGUGAGUGAGAGGAUGGGGAGGGGAAAGGGGAGAGUUGGGUCUUGGGGAGGUUGCAUUGCAUCGAAGGCGAAAUGGAUGUCGCUGUUGAAGUUUCGCUGGUCGUUAGAAGCACUCGAAAUAGCACUCAAUCGUGGCAGAAUAUCACUUUUGAAGACUCUCAUGUUUGGCUACCAUGGGAUCCACGAAUACCACUCAUAUAGCAGAAUUCUGGUACAUGAAAAUCUGGAAGACAAAGUCUAUGCAAACAUGACACA